AUGGAUUCCCAGCCGACUGCCAAAGCAUUGCACAAUCGCAUCAAUGCUAAUGUCUCCCAACUUUUACAACGCUUCGAGAACAUCAUGGCCACCGCAACUGUUGAUAAUUCAAGCCAUGCAUCGACGGCAGUCGAAACCUACCAGCUAGACGUUGAAUCCACUGCUUUGAUCCGCGCUGCUGAGGAUAUCCUCGCUCUCACCCGCAUGAUGAAGGAAACGUGGCUGUUUGGUAAACUCGACACUCUCGGCGAAGACGAGCGGGACAUCAAGCGCAGGGAGAAGCUGGAAGAUAAUGUUCUGGCAGUGCAAAAGGCUAUCGAGGAAAGGGGCUUAUUAAAGCCUGCUGAAUAG